UGUAGCAGAAAUCCAGAAGCCAUACAAUAGACUUUCAAGAUUCCAGAAAUCCACAAACAACUCCAUCGUCUCUGCAAUCUCCAUAGCCCAAGGUUUUGGCCAGUUUGUGUACUUGAAUUUGACGAUCGGUGAGUCUCCGAACGGUUUGUUUGGAUUUAUGUCGGUUCUGUAAUUCGGUUGAAUUCGACGGAUGCCAAACCCUAACAUAACCCUCCCGAUCGGUUCGCCGCAAAACACAUCGGAUUCUCCAGUUGGAGGACAAAUUGCGAGCAUUUCAGAAUGGCAGAGCUCCGCAGGCGCUUCUUGUGGCGGAUUUUGGCGCGACGCUGCUCUGAUUUUAUCUUCCGCUUUGUUGGUGCUGUACUUAGGGUUCCAGGCGAGGCGCAAUGUUAGGAAGCUCAGCCACCGCAAGUCUUAUGUUAUGAUUGCGUAUUAUGCUCUUCUUUGGGUCUCGGCGCUUCUGAAUUUGUCGUGGUCUCUUCUCCAGGGAUGGCAAUGCGCAUCUGGAAAGGCAGUUGCAUGGAAUGUAUUGUCGUUAUUCACAGAAUGCGGAAUGCUAACCUUAGAAAUUAGCAUAGUGGGAUUCCUACUUCAAGAAAAUUAUGCAAGCGGAUUGGAUGCCCUGGCGCACACUUUUGUAAUUUCAGGUUCCUUUGUAGCUGUUGAUAUACUUGUCCAGGCAAUCCUUAUAUUCGGAUUUGGAGUACCUCUGUUAAUUAGUGCAAACGGUGCGCAAUGGGGAAAGUGGAGCAUAUUGUUUAUGCAUGCUUUGGUGCUCACAUCAGUUUAUUGCUACAUACUGUUCGUUCACUAUUCGAAAUGGAGAGAUAAGCUGCCGCCCAGGCCAUCGUUCUACAACUAUGUCGUCGUCAUGUUCAUAUUAAACAUUGUAGAUUUGUUUGCCUGUGGAAUGGCUGGAAUCGGUUUCGGCUUUGGACUUUGGUUGUACGAUUUUGUACUGAUAUGUCGACACUCUCUGUACCUCCCUUUCCUAUAUGUAACUUUCUUGUCCGAUUUCUUCCAGGAGGAAGAUUGGCUUUUGGAUAAUGCAUAUUACUCGGAAAUGAAAGAUGCUGGUUUCUUUGAUACGGAUUGGGAAUAGACAACUUCGUCAAAUUGGAAUAGGAUGCGACACAGAUGUAUGUAAAGCGUUAUUAUUAUUAUGUAGUAUGCCGUAGUACUGUACAUCCGUUGUGAUCUGAUAACAGUAGCAAUAGUAAUAGAGUUUGAAUUGCGUGUUGAAAGUCAUUUUAGUGUUGUGCUGUUGAACUAAAUAAAAAUUUUACCAAACGGCAUGAGAAAUGUGCUCGUAAAAAUAAUACACUAUAUCGACGCAAUUGCACAAUGUUUGUGUGAUGAGUA